AUGGCAUAUAAAAAACAAAACUAUAUAGAAGAGCAGUCUUUAAAAAAGUCGGCUUACUUAGAAUUUGAUGAUAAGGAAAAAAUUAAAGAUAGAUCUAAUGUUCAUGUGUCAAUAAAGGAAAAACAAAUGAGAAUUGCUGAAUUAUUGAGUUCUAAAAAAAAUGACAAUUUUCCAAAAAAAAGUGUAGAUUUUACUUUAUCACAAAAAACUGAAUCAGAAUAUAUGGAUGAAUGUCUUGCUAGAAGAAAGCAAUUUAGUGUAACAAAUGCAGAUAUAGCUAACAAGUUGAAUAAUACAUUAUUUUCAAAAAUUACUACUUCUAAAAAUGUAUCUUUUUCUAAUAGUAAAAAUAGUUCUUAUAUGGACGAAAAAUCUCUUUUAGAUAAAAAUGAAAAAUCUUUUAAAAAUAAGUCUAUUUCAAGUUUAAAUAAUAAAAUAAGUGAAGAUUAUAAAAAUAAAUUAAGUUCUGUUUUAUUAUCAAGAGAUAAAUCUCAUUUCCUUAAAAAUAAAGAUUUUGAAAAAAAAAAUUCAAAUGAUUUUCCUAAAACAGAUUAUAUUGCUGAAGAUAAUUCAAAUAAUAGUCAUAAAAAUUCAAAAGGAGAUAUUGAUAAUAAAAGAAAAGAUUUAUUUAAGCAACUUUUAAGCACUUAUUCUAACCUUCAAAAAAUAGACCAUAAUCAGAAUAGAGACAAAAACACACUACAGAAACUUGAAAAUGAAGAUGAAAAUAAAAAUGAAUCUAUUACAGAUAAAAAUUUAUAUCUGAACGAAAAUUUUUCUAAUUAUAAAAACAAUCAAAAUACAAUGGAUCCUCCAAAUAUAAUAAAGAAGAAAAAAAUAAUAAAUUUUUUUUCGUGCUUUAAAAAUUUAAAAAGAAAAAAAUAUUAUAAAAGAAAAAAUAAUAUGAAAUGUAAUAGUCCAAUAAAAGAAAAACAUUUAUCAAAAACGGAAGAAAAAAUAGACAUAACUUGUUAUGAAGAGGAGAAUUCCAUAUCCUCAAAUAAAAGAGCUAGAAGUAAAUUUUUUUUUUUUUUGAAGUGA